AUGAACAGGUCUGUAGCCACCUGCUGGAUUUUUCUCCUGCUUUCAGCAUACCUGUGCGACCAGGUGAUAUCCAAAGGUGGCAGAGGAGGUGCCAGAGGGUCAGCGCGGGGCAGCGCCCGGGGUGGCCGGUCAUCCCGCACCCGAGGCUCCCCUGCUGUACGGGUGGCAGCGGCGGCAGCGGCUGGUGCUGCAGUGGCGCUAGGAGCUGGAGGAUGGUACGCAUCAGCCCAGCGUCGACCGGACGACAGCUUAGAACAUGGUGAUGAUUACUAUAGCAACAGAACAGACUGGGAGCUUUACCUCGCCAGGACAUCAAGCGCAACAGUGCACGAUUCCAUUACCAUUACUAAACUUUGCGCUCUGCUCCUGCCAAUAAACCUUAUGAUGUACUUUGCCCCUUGA